UAAGCACUAGGAAACUGGAAACAUGAACAUGGAAGACAGUGAAACAUCGAAUAAUCAAACUAUCAGCGGCUUCAUAGACGAUUAUUCCCAUCUCCGCUUAUCCUAUUAUCAGCCACGAGGCAGGAAUAAUUCAUUAUCAUUCGAUCAUUCAAACCGUGAGUCUCAAGAUAGUCAAGAUAACUCAACACUUAAUCAUACCGCGAGAAUGGAUGGUUCUGGAUGUGAAUCACCCGUUGUGCAAGAUAUAUCAAUACAGAAUCAUGCCUGCACCGCGAGAAUGGAUGUAUCUGGAUCCAAAUCAUCCGUGCAAGAUAUAGAAAUAGAACGGCAGCGUCGACGUGAAUAUUACAUAUCCCAGAUACCGGAUUUGCCUCAUCCAUCGUACACUAUGGCGUCAAUAAUAGCGGCUAAGUCUCGCCAAAUGGGCGGUAAUUUUGCCUACAAUAACAGAAUUGAACAAGGCAAGGCAGAGUUAGAGUUUUCGCCGCGGGAUAGGUCAACAAUGCUGCCUCGUCAGUUUAAACGUGAGAAUUGAAGAUAUUUUUAU